GCUGACAGCAUUUCACAAAGCAUCAACCUUUCUUGAUGGACCCAUUCAUCAAAUGAAAUAUGCUUGUACUAUUUGUAAAAGCUUUUUAUCUCAUCAUAGAAAAAUUUCACCCCCAAAAUGAAAAUGAGGACAUUUGAGAGGCUGAUUUAAGUAGUAGAUAUUAAGGUAUUCCAUCAAAUCGUUGAACCAAAGAAUAAAUAUUGAAUAGAUUAAAGCCAAAUGCUGUUUUUCACCCAGGAAGAUUUCAUCUUGAGAGGAAAAGAACUUUGUUUUCUGAAAUGAAAUUUGAGAGACAAAAACAGGCUUAAAAGAAAAUAGAUGAAGAUAUUAGUAUAGUAAAUAAGCAAUGUCAACUAUUAUUUUCAUGAAGAUAAGUCAAUGAUGUGAAAUCCUUCACAGAUUCCUGGUUUUGGUCCUAAAGACAAGACUCUUUUGAUGGGACUCACUAAAAGAAGUAGGACCUCUCAUUCACUCAAACCACAGGGACAGAAUUUGUUAUCAUUGGAAUGAGUGGCUUACUAGAGGAAAUAAAUCAACUUUCAUCUAAAUCCAAAAGUACAGUCACUUUUGAGCUGCUCUUAUUUUGAAAAUCUCUAUAUAACCAUUUAAAAAGAAUUGACAACUAUUUUUAAAGAUUAAAGAAAGGCAGAUGUCUGCAAAUAAUUCCCCUCCAUCAGCCCAGAAGUCUGUAUUACCUGGAACGAUUCCUGCUGUGCUUCCAACUUCUCCAUGUUCAAGUCCUAAGACAGGAUUCUCUGCCCGACUAUCUAAUGGCAGCUUCAGCGCACCGUCCCUCAACAACUCCAGAGGCUCUGUGCAUACAGUUUCAUUUCUACUGCAGAUUGGCCUCACACGGGAGAGUGUUACCAUUGAAGCCCAGGAACUGUCUUUAUCUGCUGUCAAGGAUCUUGUGUGCUCCAUUGUUUAUCAAAAGUUUCCAGAGUGUGGAUUCUUUGGCAUGUAUGACAAAAUUCUUCUUUUUCGCCAUGAUAUGAAUUCCGAAAAUAUUUUGCAGCUGAUUACCUCAGCAGAUGAAAUACAUGAAGGAGAUCUAGUAGAAGUUGUUCUGUCAGCUUUGGCCACGGUAGAAGACUUCCAGAUUCGUCCACAUACUCUCUAUGUACAUUCUUACAAAGCUCCUACUUUUUGUGAUUAUUGUGGUGAGAUGCUCUGGGGAUUGGUACGUCAGGGGCUAAAAUGUGAAGGUUGUGGAUUAAAUUAUCAUAAAAGAUGUGCCUUCAAGAUUCCAAAUAACUGCAGUGGAGUAAGAAAGAGACGUCUGUCAAAUGUGUCUCUACCAGGACCUGGCCUCUCAGUUCCAAGACCCCUCCAGCCUGAAUGUGUACCCCUUCUCAGUGAAGAGUCACAUACUCACCAAGAACCCAGCAAGAGAAUUCCAUCUUGGAGUGGUCGCCCAAUAUGGAUGGAAAAGAUGGUAAUGUGCAGAGUAAAAGUUCCACACACAUUUGCGGUUCACUCAUAUGGCCGUCCCACAAUAUGUCAAUACUGCAAGCGGCUACUGAAAGGUCUUUUUCGCCAAGGAAUGCAGUGCAAAGAUUGCAAAUUCAAUUGCCAUAAACGCUGUGCAUCAAAAGUACCAAGAGACUGCCUUGGGGAGGUUACUUUCAAUGGAGAACCUUCCAGUAUGGGAACAGACGCAGAUAUACCAAUGGACAUUGAUAGUAACGACAUGAACACUGAUGGUAGUCGGAGUUUAGAUGACACAGAAGAGCCAUCUCCUCCAGAAGAUAAAAUGUUCUUCCUGGAUCCAUCUGAUCUUGAUGUGGAACGAGAUGAAGAGGCUGUUAAAACAAUCAGUCCAUCAACAAGCAAUAACAUUCCACUAAUGAGGGUUGUACAGUCCAUCAAGCAUACAAAGAGGAAAAGCAGCACAAUGGUGAAGGAGGGGUGGAUGGUCCAUUACACCAGCAGAGAUAAUCUGAGAAAGAGGCAUUAUUGGAGGCUUGACAGCAAAUGUCUAACGUUAUUUCAAAAUGAAUCUGGAUCAAAGUAUUAUAAGGAAAUUCCACUUUCAGAAAUUCUACAAGUAUCUUCGCCACGAGAUUUCACAAACAUUUCACAAGGGAGCAACCCACACUGUUUUGAAAUCAUCACUGACACUAUGGUAUACUUUGUUGGUGAGAAUAAUGGGGACAGCUCUCACAAUCCUGUUCUUGCUGCCACUGGAGUUGGACUUGAUGUAGCACAGAGCUGGGAAAAAGCAAUUCGGCAAGCCCUCAUGCCUGUAACCCCUCAAGCAAGUGUUUGCACUUCUCCAGGGCAAGGAAAAGAUCACAAAGAUUUGUCUACCAGUAUCUCUGUAUCUAAUUGUCAGAUCCAGGAGAAUGUGGACAUCAGUACUGUUUACCAGAUCUUUGCAGAUGAGGUCCUUGGUUCAGGCCAAUUUGGCAUUGUUUAUGGAGGAAAACAUAGAAAGACUGGAAGAGAUGUGGCUAUUAAAGUAAUUGACAAGAUGAGAUUCCCCACAAAGCAAGAAAGUCAACUACGUAAUGAAGUGGCUAUUUUACAGAAUCUGCACCAUCCUGGGAUUGUAAACCUAGAAUGUAUGUUUGAAACUCCAGAACGUGUCUUUGUAGUAAUGGAAAAACUACAUGGAGAUAUGUUGGAAAUGAUUCUAUCUAGUGAGAAAAGUCGGCUUCCAGAACGAAUUACUAAAUUCAUGGUCACACAGAUACUUGUUGCUUUGAGGAAUCUACAUUUUAAAAAUAUUGUGCACUGUGAUUUAAAGCCAGAAAAUGUGCUGCUUGCAUCAGCAGAGCCGUUUCCUCAGGUGAAGCUCUGCGACUUUGGAUUCGCACGCAUUAUUGGUGAGAAGUCAUUCCGGAGAUCAGUAGUAGGAACUCCAGCGUACUUAGCCCCCGAGGUUCUCAGGAGCAAAGGUUACAACCGUUCUCUAGAUAUGUGGUCAGUGGGAGUCAUUGUCUAUGUGAGCCUCAGUGGCACAUUUCCAUUCAAUGAGGAUGAAGAUAUAAACGACCAAAUCCAAAAUGCUGCAUUUAUGUACCCACCAAAUCCAUGGAGAGAAAUUUCUAGCGAAGCAAUUGAUUUGAUAAACAACUUGCUUCAAGUGAAGAUGAGGAAACGUUACAGUGUUGACAAAUCUCUUAGCCAUCCCUGGCUACAGGACUAUCAGACGUGGCUUGACCUUAGAGAAUUUGAAACUCGCAUCGGAGAACGUUAUAUUACACAUGAAAGUGAUGAUGCUCGUUGGGAAAUCCACGCGUACACACACAACCUGGUGUACCCAAAGCACUUCAUCAUGGCUCCCAAUCCGGACGACAUGGAAGAAGAUCCUUAAUUAUCCGUGAACUAACUCCAAAAAGUUGCAUUUUAUGAACUAAUAUUUUGCUGCAUAACUGUUGUUCCUUGUAGGUUGUCAUCUGCAAGGAUGCAAAGACAUGAGGAAACGUGAGAAGGCAUUGGUGACACCAGUACUGUAGUUCAUGAGUAGGUACAGGAAAGGACACUGGUAGUGAAAACACGAAAGAAUCAAGAUGAAGCUUUUUAUAAAUUUUUGUAGCAUAAGCAAUAACUAGUUUUGUAUUUUUUCCUAAUCCUUCCCUUUCAAGUACAAUAAUGCCAUUUAAUUUAUCUUCCCUUUCCUAAUCUUACACAUUUUUUUAAGAAAGCCAAGCUAGCAUCCAGUUACCACAUUUAGCGUUAACUGUGAGGCUAACAGUAUAUGAUUUACAAAAGUACUUUUGAAUGACUUAUCUAACUGACCACCAAAAUAUUUAAGUUUUUCCUAGAUACAUAUAAGAGGAGCACUGGACUAUUUUACCUUUCUUUUUAUGUCAGUCAAGACUCUAAAACAGUGAUUUCUAAUAUUUUUUUGGAACUGUAGCUCUUAAUAUGGUCUCUACAACAUAAAAACUCAAAUUAUCA